AUGAUGGAUUCUCCAAAGGAACCAGAGGUGGUGGAAAUCUCUGAGAGCAGAAGGACAAGUUCCUGUUUCCGUCUGUUCCUGCGAUUUGUUCUGCUUUUGCUUUUCCCCUUCUUUGCUUUCCUACUCUUGUCAAUAUCCAUGGUCUUCAUAGCCCUGCUGUCGGGGCAAUUAUCUAUCGCGACGCCCGUCUCUGUUCCCUCUCGGUGCCGGAUAGUCUCCAGUGGUGUUGAUCUCAGAUCAUCUAAAGUUUGCGAACUGGGGUUGUUGAAGUACAAGACCAAGAAUGUCUUUCAUCCUUUUGACAGAAACAAGUUUCGAUGUCGCUAUGAUUAUUACUGGGCUUCAGUGUUUGAGGUGGAAUAUGAAGAUCACUCCUCGGGUCGUACACAUCAUGCUUUAGCUGAGGCUCCAAGUGAGGCGCUUCCCCUAAAUUGCAGGCCUAACUUUGCUGGUGCAUGGAUGGCCAAAGAUAAAUUUAAGGUCAACGAAACUUACAAUUGCUGGCACAGAGCUGGGAUCUCUAAAGUGAGCUUAUAUGUUGAUGACUUCCUCCACUGCAAUACCAGAGAUCCUUCUGUUCUUGAGAUGAUAAAUCGAUAUAUCAAGUUGUUGAUCGAUGCUCCGAGCUCCUUGUUCAUCCUGAAGAUGGGAAAUGCCACCAAAUUCUGGAAGUGGGAAGCUGUAGCUGGAGCUGUUGCCGGUUUCUUGACUUCCUUGAUCACCAUCUUCUUCUUCUCAGUGGUGUGGAAGUUGAUGUCGUGGGUACCCCAGACAUGGACAUACAUAGUAAGGGUUCUUACUCGGGCUAUCAACUUGGUAGUCUUGAAGCGUGCUUGUUUUUUUGUGGCAUACUUCUCCUUCAUGGGCUGGUUAACCAUCCAGUACGGGAAACGGCUUGGCAUGCCUGAGAUUCGAGUUGGUUAUAUUUAA